CCUAGUCUCCCUCCCUCUACGUUUCCACAAACAAAUUCGCCACCAUGGUCCUGAUAGACCUGAAGCCGUCUCAGGAUGAGGUCGAUGCCGAAGCUCGAACACAGACACAACCGGCACCCGUCCCUCCACCAGCCUACCCUGCAGCAUCCUCAUCUGCACCACAACCCAGCACUUCAUAUCGACAACCUGCACGUCCACCAGCAGCUGCCGCAUAUCCACCACCAGGGAGCCCAUAUACUGACAGAGCAAAUCCAUAUGGCAAUCAGUGGGUAGGAGACUCUUACCGGACACAAUUUCUGCACCGGUGCAAUCAGGGAGACCACGAUGUUACCACCAGCUUUGGACUGUGUGGCAUCGUUUGUGCAAUCCUAUUAUUCCCCAUCGGUCUAAUGUGUUUAGUCAUCGACACAGAGAAGAAAUGUGCACGAUGUGGCGCUCGCAUUGACUGAACCCACCCGUUUCGGCGGACUCACGACGCUUCCUCGCGGGCGAUAGCUUCACGAUCCACCCACUCCCCCAUCCUCAAUCCUCAUCCCCUUCUCGUUAUCCUACUAUUUCCUCGGACAUUCAGUGCGCACUAGCAGUAAGACCCUUUCGUCUAGCUACUAAACUACCCGGUUUCACUCUUGUUUUUCUAACGGCACGCUCACUAUCACGCACGCACGCACGCACACAACUUUCUUUGCAUUCCAUCAGCACGGACAUGGACACCUUCUUACUUACCUAUAAUAUGCUCUCUGUAUUGUGUACUUGCUUAGUUCUAGUUAGUUAUGUCUCCCAGGGAUUUCACGUAUCCUUAUCGAGGCAAUCCGACGCCUCCAGUUCUUUCAGCUUUGACUGUUUCAAGCAUCGACAAAUACUGUAUAUAAUGAUAUACACAAGCAAAAACACGUCAGAAAUGUG